UGUUGAGCGGCAUGUCCCCGGCGGCCAAGGCAGAGCUGCCCGUGGCGCAGUGUUUCUGAGUCCGGGGCGGCCUGGCGGUCGACUGAGGCCGAGGGUCGGCGGAGGCUGCCUCGUUGUGGCGGCCGCCAUGCUGGGCGCCCGAGCGGGUGAGGGCGCGGCCGCGGCGCUCCUACGCCUGCUGCUGCUGCUGCUACUGCUGCUGCCGCCGGCGUUCCGGGGGCCGCGGCUCGGCGUGGUUCGCGCGGCUGCGGCCGGGCUCCCGGACAGCGUCAUCUGGGCCGUCAACGCGGGCGGCGAGGCGCAUGUGGACGUGCACGGGAUUCACUUCCGCAAGGACCCUUUGGAGGGCCGGGUGGGCCGAGCCUCUGACUAUGGUAUGAAACUGCCGAUCCUGCGGUCCAACCCUGAGGACCAGAUCCUAUAUCAGACAGAGCGGUACAACGAGGAGACGUUUGGCUAUGAAGUACCCAUCAAGGAGGAGGGGGACUAUGUGUUAGUGCUGAAAUUUGCUGAGGUCUAUUUUGCACAGUCCCAGCAGAAGGUAUUUGAUGUGCGGUUGAAUGGCCAUGUUGUGGUUAAGGAUUUGGAUAUCUUUGAUCGUGUCGGGCAUAGCACAGCUCAUGAUGAAAUCAUCCCUAUGAGCAUCAAAAAGGGGAAGCUGAGUGUCCAGGGAGAGGUGUCUACCUUCACGGGGAAACUCUACAUCGAAUUUGUCAAGGGGUACUAUGACAAUCCCAAAGUAUGUGCACUCUACAUCAUGGCUGGGACAGUGGAUGAUGUACCAAAGCUGCAGCCUCAUCCAGGCCUGGAGAAGAAAGAAGAGGAAGAAGAAGAAGAAGAAUACGAUGAAGGGUCUAAUCUCAAAAGACAGACCAAUAAGAACCGUGUGCAGUCAGGACCCCGCACGCCCAACCCCUAUGCCUCGGACAACAGCAGCCUCAUGUUUCCCAUCCUGGUGGCCUUCGGAGUCUUCAUUCCAACCCUCUUCUGCCUCUGCCGGUUGUGAGAACAAAUUACCAUCCUGAACAGGGUGGAGGGGUGUGGGAAAGAAAUCAAACAUGUUGGUUUUGGUUUCUGUAUUUUUCACAAUGAUUAACAAAAACAAAAAACAAAACACACACACAAUUAAAGGAGAUAAAAAGAGGUCGAGUGAGUAGAGAGCAGCCCUCAUCCAACCACCUGGUCCCUGAGCUGCUUUAGUCUGAGUCCUUUCUUCUGGCUGGCCCCCAGCUGUCUCUUUCCUUUCUAGGGUACUUAGGGUCAACUGGAUCCUACUUGUUCAAGGACCCUCAUCUGUGUACCUAGUGGAAAGGACUCUGAACUCAGAGCAGACACGGUUCCUUUUUGUAGGUUAGAAAUUAACAGCAGGGAAAUGUCAUCUUUUACCUGAGAAGAACAGUGCUGGGAGUUGGGUAUGUUUUAAAGUUAUUGUCCAGAUAAGUUUUCAGAUGUCUUGAGAUUGAGAGUGUGUGUAGUUCAUGUGUGUGUGAGAAGGUGUAUAAUUUGUAUGAUAAAGGUGAAAACAGAAGAGGGAUUUAAAAAAAGAAAGAAAAGUAGGUAUUUUCUUAUGUCCUGGUUUUAUCCCAGUGAUGGUUCCACCUUCAGUGUGUGAGCUUUUGUCAUUACUCGUCUCCCUGACUCGUGCCAGUGAGAGGACUGUCUGGUAUCCAAGACGAUUAGCUUAUGUCAGGUCUUCAGGUUGCCUCUGACUUGUUACAACAAAUCAUUUUUAUUUCAGUGCCUGUUGGGAACUUGAUUUCUUCUCCCUCCUCCCUCCCCUUAAUCUAGCUCACUUAAAUCUCUUCUCUCUCUCAACAUCCCACUAAGUUAUAGCCAAGAAGGGAAGGAGACAUGGGGGCUUGGAGUUCCCUCUGUUUGAAUGUCUAAUCCUCUAUUGCCUCCCCUUGUCGGUACUCCCUCCCUGGAUCUCUGAGCCAGCAGCCAGGAGUUCUUUUUACUGGCCUGCAGUUCUUUUACUGGCCCCUUUGUAGGGUCUUGCUGCCAGGAGAUAGGGAUGCUUUCCAGUCUGCAGCAAUGGAACACUUGACCUUAAAAGUCUCUUCUGGUCUUUGGAUUAGAAAAGGCUUAUGUUAGCAUAAUUUAAGAGCAACCUCAGAGACUUGAGCCCUACUAAGUGACUGACCACUGUUUGGCAUGUCUAGUUUCCAAUGUUCAUUUAUUCCCAUGUCCUUCUAUGUCAUGGAUCAACCAGCUUUGGCUUAUGCCUAGAGCUGCUCAAGGAACUAGACUGGUUGUCUGUAUCUGGCUCAGUGAGACUUCUCACUGGUAUUAAUGGUAUGCCCCUCUGUCGUUUCAUUUCCCUAUCCAAGUAGUAGUCAGGUUCUUGGUGUGACGGGGCCGAAAGACUUCUGAUCAGCCACAGUCCUGGCAGCUCUGAAGCCAACCCUAGCAUCAAAGAGUCUGUCUUGAAUUCCCUUAAAAAAUUUCUGCAGGAAAUGAAGCUUCCCUGUUCCCCUCCUUUCUGGUCACUGUCAUCCUUUUCCCAGUUAGCACAGCAAUGAGGGAGGACCCAGCCAAGCCGCAAGGAAUUCUGUGGAGGGAAGGCAAUGGGAUUAGCUUCUGCUUGGCCUGGAGCAGCAUAGAAAUCCCAGGCCAGGCCCAUCUUUUUAGAAUGUGUUUGAGUCUGUCUUUGUGGGUCACUGUUAAAGAGCUCCACAUAUUUGAACUGUUCAUUAUGUGACAAAGUAGGUAGUCCUUAGGCUCAUUCCUAGAUGUGGCUCUUAAUGAGUUAUGCCGGCCAGCGGUUGGUCCUUUGAGAGUUAUAGUCUUUUACUUCAGCCUCGGUACUAGGGUAUUGAGUCAGGCAGCCGGAUGGCUGUAGCCUGCUUUAAGGGAUGCCAUCCCAUAGCUUUGGUCCUGGGACCACCUGCCUGUGGAAGAGCACAUCCUGACUAUUAAUUGGGCUCUGACCAUGGUUUUGAUUUGUGUUCCAUGAGAACAACUCAAAGCCAUAAGCCACUGCCAGUGGAGACAACCUGCAGAAGGAGGACUUGCUGCCUCCAUUUGCCUUGUUGGUCAGUUGGCCCAGGUCUCCCUGAGGAAGGGGUGGGGGGGUCCCUGCCUUCUCCCCUCAGCCCGUCCGUGCAGUGACUCGGAGUCUCAGGAGGCGGCUCUGGCUCCGGGGCCGCCUCCCAGUGGUACUGUAAGGCAAGCAGCUCUGCUUCUGCCUGUUCCGAAGCCCACCCAUCCCCUGAGCUCAGGGACAGGGACGGGCACUUUCCUCUUUGGUCGUGUCUGAAGGGAAGAACAUUUUCCUAGGGCUCACAAACCUGAAGGAAGUGAGGAAACAGGAAGAAGUGUGGUGGGGGCUGGGGAAGAGUCCCCUGGAGUCAAGCCCACCCAGCCAACAGCUGCCCAGGGCUGCUCAGAGCUGCCUCAUGAUGCUGAACUUGAAAGCUUUUUUUGGCUCCUCCAAGAUGAUAAUAGGUACAUGAAGUUUAGGUGAAAGGGGUGGGGGGGCACUCUUUAUUUUUGUAUUGUGUGUGUCAGUAGUCACUCUCUUGUGCAUCUUUUGCUUUUUGCACUGUUUGUUCCCAUGUCUGUGUUUUGCGCUCUUGCUACAGCUGAGAGGCUGUGCCGUAGGGAACCUGACUGGGGUGGGGAGGUGCUGCGUGAUGACCGGAUGGUGGGAGGGGAAGCCUGGGUUCUUCCCCUGGACCCAUGCUCUGUCCUCGGCUUCUGAUCUCCCCGAGCCCUGCAGGCCAGUGCUGAGAGCAGACCACCAUGGUGAAACUCCUUUUGCCAGAAGUGUGGCUUCAGGUCAGCUUCUGGGUGGACUGAGCAGAGAUGUCUGCUUUAGAUGGGCUGAGUGUCUGCACGGUAGCUGUAAUUUGGGUCCGGCCAGCCGCCCUCUGCUCAGACUUCCUGGCCUUCACUCAUGCUGACUGAAACAACAUGCCAGUAAGCAAUCUGGGAUUCAUGUCCCCUAAGUUAGAUCCAUUUUUCUGAAAAAUCUCUGCUAUUGAGGGGCAGCUGCCUAGUGGACACUUGGAGUUCUGGUGACUUAAAAGAGAGUUAUCCACAAGUGUCAGGGAUGUUAGACUCCUAGGAGGACCACAAGGCCUGCAGGGCCCCCUGUUGGUUUGAGAGUGUGAUCUUUUUCUCUUGUUCCCACUCUUUGCCUAAGAGAUGCUGGCCUGAAAUGGGGGAUCACAGAAGAGGUCACUUAGGCUUUGAAGAGAUGGGGUGAAGUUUGAGUUGUUUACUUUCCCCUUUCUGUGCCUGGGAACUUUUUAAUCCAGUUUCAGAAUUGCGAUUUGACUUCUUAUCUUUUUGGAGAAGCUUCUGUUUUAAGGAAUUUCUCUUCCCUUUAUCCUGCCUCUACCCUCUCCUGGCCUUGGCUUCUAGAAUCUCAGUUGAACUUCUGAAAAUAAAAGCAGUAUUUUCCCUUUCCUAGCACUUAGGUGCUUUUCCCUAGAAAUUGGCUCAUCUUGGGAAGCCCAGGGAAAGAAUCAGCAGGUUCUUUACCCUCCCUGGGGGUUGGAGAAGGACCCACCCCAGUCAGCACAGUGCCUUUUCCUCUCCUGCUCUGAGCCAGGGUGUGCAUUGCCUCUAGCUUCAGGUCUGGACAGAGGUCUUACAGCCCCCACCGUGGGGCUGCUUCCCCAUCCCUUCCCUUCCCAUUUGCUGACCGGCUCUUACCUAAUUCAAGUGUCUUCUUGCCCUGAGGAACCUUAAUGGCAUCAAGUGGCAACAUUAAUAUUGUCCUCCAUUCCUUUCCAAAAGGACCUAGGAGAGCAGGUGAGCUUUCCAAAGUGAGAGACAAAUAGAUGCUCCUGUUUAAAAAAAGUGGGGGAGGGAGGAUAUGGUUUGGGCCUCCUGCUGUGGCCCUAGGGAAGGAUUCUGGGGAUCUGUUCAGAAAUCUUGGAAGAAAUCUGCUUCUCUUCUAUGGAAAAAUAUAAUUAGAGAUCAAAGAGCUCUAAGAAGAUUGCAAAGAAACCUUAAUGUUCGAGCUUCAGAGAGAUCAGAAUAAUUUUUCCCCUUCAGUCUGAGCUGGACUCUCUGUGUUUAGACCUCUCCUGGGGCAAGAGGGCUAGACUGCCUCAUUUUGCUACAAGACUAGAUUGGCACCAGCGGGUCACUGCCCAGUGAGGGUGGGUUCUUUGUACAUGGGAGGCUUGCUGCUGAUCUGGCUUGUCCUCCCCCAGCUGCCUUUUGGCGAGCCUGCUUGAUGUUGCCAGAUGAUUUUGAUAAGAGCAGAUGAUUUGGGGACUGGCUGGGUUGGCAGGAAAAGAGCAGGAUGGAUCCCUUGGGACGGGUUCCCCCCAGGAGUAUAAAAACGGAGCCAGGAUUCUGCUGGCAGCCUGGGAACAGUAGUGCCUGUUAGAGCUGGCAGAGAGGGCCUUGGCAACUCUCGCAUCCAGGCAGUCUCGUGAGAUGGGGGCACGUAGUGCCAGGGGGAGCAGAACUCCAUCCUCACCUCUAUUCUGAGCUUUAGCACUUCAUUUCAGUAUGAGGAUAAACAACAACAAACUGAAGUGCACUUUCCGUCCUUUCAAAGGACAACUGUCGGGAAAGGAGAGCUGAGUUUUGCCAGGUGGGAGGGGAGAAUUGGCAGGCAGAGAAGCUACCGCAAAACGAAGAAUGAGGCAUUCUGAGACUUCUCUUCCCUGCUGUGUCGAUCCAGGGAAUGAAAAGAAAUUUGACCCUGGAUUAGUUCUGUCGGAUUUUCCUUCCAACAAGUUCUCCCAUGCUAGGACCAGCUGCCCAUUCUGAGCGCAGGGCAGCCUCUUCAGCCGUUAUCGCCCUCACCUGGCUUGUCAGGAAACCGACCCCACCACUCCAGGUUGGGCUUGGCUGGCUGCCCUAUUCUGCACCAGGUACUGGGGAAUAGUGUCAAGUCUUUGUAGUGCUGUAGCUCCUGCUCUAGUUUCCCAUCCUCUCCCUGCAGACGCCAAACCAGCUCUUGGUCUGUAGCCACACGUGCAUUUACAGCAGCACAGUGAGGUGUGAUUAAGGGGCUUUGAACCUGGCUGGCCCGGGAAAGCAGAAGGGGUGGAUAGAGCUGUCUUUCCUUCUGGGCUGUCUCCAUCUGUUCCUACCCCUUCCAUGCCCCAUCCUACGCCCACCAAAUAGUAAAAAAAAAUCAGGAUGUUUUUCACUGUCCAUUGCUUUGUGUUUUAAUAAACAAUUUGCAGUGACACUCUAA